GUCGACUCAUGUGCUGAUGGAGAUGGAGAUGUCCAAUCCGAAGGGAACUUGGGAAGAAUGGGAAGACGAACCCAUCAUCCUUCGGCGAGCGAGCAAUGAGCAUUCACAACUGUCAAUGGAAAUGGCCCUUUGCUUCCCUUCUCUCGCCUCACCUUGCUUCUCUCGCCUCACCUUCCCCCCACACACACACUCAGCCCGACGUACCGGUAACAUAUCUAACUAACCACUCGACACGAACUCCACAGACACAGGCCAGGCUCCACUUCCCUUCCUCGCCUCUCCGGCAGGUCCCUGCCAAGGCCAAGGAAACAACGGUGACUGUCAGCUCGCUAGGCACUCUAGGUAUUGCCGUACCGAACCCGUAUCGACUCGGCUCCGGCUGGGUCUCGCUCCGGAUGCCAACUCAAAUGCUGAGAAAUGCGCCAGUGCUGAGCCAAGCGGGCGGAUAUAAGACGGUCGGGCCGGACGGAUGUUGCAGGUGACUAUUGACUGUUGUUGAGAUCGUUCACACUACCUAUCGUAGUAGGUACCUACGAUACCG